AUGAGGUUUAUGUGCAGUAGAAGUCCCAGACUCUACAUCAGCAGUAGAAGAGUCCCAGACUCUACAUCAGCAGUAGAAGUCCCAGACUCUACAUCAGCAGUAGAAGUCCCAGACUCUACAUCAGCAGUAGAAGAGUCCCAGACUCUACAUCAGCACAGUAGAAGAGUCCCAGACUCUACAUCAGCAGUAGAAGAGUCCCAGAGAGUCUACGUCAGCAGUAGAAGAGUCCCAGACUCUACAUCAGCAGUAGAAGAGUCCCAGAGAGUCUACAUCAACAGUAGAAGAGUCCCAGACUCUACAUCAGCAGUAGAAGAGCCCCAGAGUCUACAUCAGCAUAGAAGAGUCCCAGAGUCUACAUCAGCAGUAGAAGAGUCCCAGAGAGUCUACAUCAGCAGUAGAAGUUCCAGAGAGUCUACAUCAACAGUAGAAGAGUCCCAGAGAGUCUACAUCAGCAGUAGAAGUCCCAGAGAGUCUACAUCAACAGUAGAAGAGUCCCAGAGAGUCUACAUCAGCAGUAGAAGUCCCAGAGAGUCUACAUCAGCAGUAGAAGAGUCCCAGAGAGUCUACAUCAGCAGUAGAAGUCCCAGAGAGUCUACAUCAGCAGUAGAAGUCCCAGAGAGUCUACAUCAGCAUAGAAGAGUCCCAGAGUCUACAUCAGCAGUAGAAGAGUCCCAGAGAGUCUACAUCAGCAGUAGAAGUUCCAGAGAGUCUACAUCAACAGUAGAAGAGUCCCAGAGAGUCUACAUCAGCAGUAGAAGUCCCAGAGAGUCUACAUCAACAGUAGAAGAGUCCCAGAGAGUCUACAUCAGCAGUAGAAGUCCCAGAGAGUCUACAUCAGCAGUAGAAGAGUCCCAGAGAGUCUACAUCAGCAGUAGAAGUCCCAGAGAGUCUACAUCAGCAGUAGAAGUCCCAGAGAGUCUACAUCAGCAGUAG